UCCCCCUGAGCAGGCUUGCUCGGGGCGGGAGAGGACUACAGACAGACCAGCACCUUCCCGAACUAAGGGGAAGGGGUGGGAUGCACCACGCAGGGAGGGAAUUUGGAGGUUUUGCCGGGUUCUGCUAGCGUCCUCCGAACCUCCAAGCAGCAGGGGAUGAAAAUCGCCGAUGAGCGCCCCAACACCGUGGUGAAAGACUUGCUUACGGAGCCUGCUGUCUCCCCACAUCCUGCUCCCUCCCUUCCCUCCCUUUCCCUCUGUCUCCGAGCAUCCUGUGCCCUCAUGGCCACUCUCUGGUCACCCAGCAGCUCGGGUUCCCGCCCCGCUCUAGCCGCAGGUCCAUUCGCUCAAUGACCAAACUGGAGCCCAAUAAAAACGAGAGAAACCAGAGGUCGUUCUCUGGAGCCGGGGCAAGUGUGCUCGCAGGCCUAUGCAAAUCGCGGAUCGGAAGACGCUCCAAUCGGAGCGCAGCUCGGAACCCGUGGCGGCCAAUGGGAAGUCAGAAGCGAUUAGGUCUUUAUUUAUAUUUGCCAGCCCCUCCCAGGCUCUGCCAGCUCUUCCCUGUCGCUGUUGCUCCAACCCCGAGCGUGCAGCUCUCCGCGGCCCGCCAAGCGGCCUCUGCAGCUCCCCGGCGCGGAGUGAGGUAGGCGGCGCAGCGAGUCCGCCUCGGGAGGAGCAGGAGGCUCCGGCCCGGGGAGCCGGGACCUCGCCGCUGACCGCGGCGCCUUAUCCCUUCGCAGAUUGUCUCUCCUCCCGCGAUGUCCGGCCGAGGAAAGUCGGGAGGCAAAGUCCGGGCCAAGGCCAAAUCGCGCUCCUCCCGCGCGGGACUGCAGUUCCCCGUGGGUCGCGUCCAUCGCCUUCUGCGCAAGGGCAACUACGCGGAGCGCGUGGGGGCGGGCGCGCCGGUCUACCUGGCGGCAGUGUUGGAGUACCUGUCGGCCGAGAUCCUGGAGCUGGCGGGCAACGCGGCCCGCGACAACAAGAAGACGCGCAUCAUCCCGAGGCACCUGCAGCUGGCCAUCCGCAACGACGAGGAGCUCAACAAGCUGCUGGGCGGAGUGACCAUCGCCCAGGGCGGCGUCUUGCCCAACAUCCAGGCCGUGCUGCUGCCCAAGAAGACCCAAAGCUCCAAGAAGUGAGGUGCCGCCCUCGGGGGGAGACCCAGCUGGGGGGCGGGAGCCCGGCAUCCCAGGGACCGGAGCUGUCUGCAUCUAUUUGGCCCUGGGCCCAGCUGGGAGGAGCGGGCGAGGUUCAUCCCUUUUCGUAGGGGCAGCCGGGGUGGGCUGUGGCUUAAGACUCUGCGUCUAGAAGACUGGACUGUUUUCCCGGUGCGCUCCUGGGAAAAGCCCCCAGAUCUAUCGUUAGGAGUUGCGGGGCCAAGAUGUCUACCUGUGCUCCCCUGAGGUGUAGAUGCCCCUUUACCCUGUGGAUGAGGUCGCCCCAGAGCUGACCCACAAAGUGCACCUGAGGUGACCGGAUUAGGGGUGGACUAGACGGGAUGCGGGAGGUGGCCCCUCCCCUACACGUUUUUUUCUCCUAAAAAAAAAACACCCUGUUUUUUGGGAGCUCCCUAUAUUUCCUAUUGGUGGGUGGAAUCUAUUUAUUAACUUGUAUGGGCGGAGUCACUUUAUUGGUGGGGGGUGGGGCGGGGAUGUGCUCUGACUUUGUCCUUUUGGUUCCCAAAAUAAACAGCUCUAUGGUGGCGUCACCGUUACCCCCCCUUCCUCA